CAAUUUGUGAGAUGCGAUGCGAGGUUUCAUGGUCUCCGUCGUCUUCAGUUGCUGCGCCUCUUUUACUCUUCUCAACCUAAAGCCUGACAUGCAGCCUCUAAACUGGAAGCCAAACCGGCAUCGGUUUGUCGUUGCGGAAUCUCGUGGCAGCGGAGUUAGGGUGCAGAGAGGGCCAUUAAAGGAGCAGCAGUAAUGGCGUAAAUUAGUUCGCUUGAUUUCAUGAGUGUUGUGAGAGGAUGAGAAGCGCAAAUUUGAGAGUGUCCACGGGAAUGUAGCAAUGAUUGGAAAGAGAUGGGUGAUCUCCGUCAUGUUUAGCAACCACGUAAUUGAGGCUCUGUCUCCUAAUAAUGGAAGGGAAGUGAAAAGAAAAGGAAAAUUGUGAGGAGAAAGAGGAAAGGCAAUUGUUAUCUCCGAAAAGGGGCCAUUAAUUAGUCCAAGCGUAUCUGGAUGGUGGAAGACUGGAAUCGGGCCCCACCUGAAAACAUGCUAUUCCAGUUGGUCUGCCUGAAAUAAGUCGCAGCUCGAUCAAUAUUUUGGAGCGUGCCUUCAACCCAUAAGUACUUUCGCUCGCUUUCCUUGUCAUACUUCGCCCACAAGCUCCAACGUCUUGCUUUUGCAACAAAAUUCAUUCAGCGCUCUCUCUGUAGACUUUACUCUACUUCUAAUUUUAUGUGAGGUCGAGGGGUUGUUGAAGGUCCAGGGGUUGGGGUGUGUGUACUGCAUUCCUCGUUUUUUUGGGUGGAAAGUGUUGCAAUACACACACACACACAUAUAUAUAUAUAUAUAUACUGGUAAUAGCUGUUGCUAGGAGCUGUGAACGUGGUAGUCGGGGGCAUUUGUUUCCUUGCGCCUGAGGUUGAUCAGUGGGUGUGUUGGGUCUCUGGAUUGAUUCCCCUUUGUUAUUGUGGUUCAAAUAGGAAUGCGACCGUGAGUGGUGCUGUAUAAAUUCAAGAGUGUCUGUAGCGUUGUGGGGGUGGAGGUUGUGUCUCCUUUGUACUACUCUGGCUUUCGGGGGUGCGCGUAGUUGGAAGAGUUGUUGGCGUCGCUGUCUGGGUUAGCGACUUCGAGAUUGAUUUGUGAGAGAAUUGGGCAAUUUUGUGCAAGAAAUUACGUACUAUUCUGUUAACUGCUGUUGGUUUGCUGGACUAUGAAAGACAUGCCCAUUCGUUCUGAGAGCAUGGAUUUCUUGGUUGCUCCGCACACCCAAGAGUCUCUGACUUGUUCUAGGCGUAGAGAAGUCGACCAUGAAGCUCCCCGGAGCAAGAGAGUGUGCGUUUCAGGUGGACGAGCGUACGGAUGCUAUGCUAGUGGUGAGUUAAAACAUCGUACUUUGAGCCCAUCUGUGCAAGAGCUUAUUGAUACCGACGCCUUCGAGCCCGGAACUCCAACAAAGAACGAUACUCCUACGGAGUCGACCCGAAAGGUUUCGAGAGGGUGGGAUAACUUGCAGCUCUGCCUUCUCGAGCGAGUCACGCGGUCUUUGUCUGCGGCCGAUCUUUGUCGGCUAUCUCAGGUCAAUAAACACUAUCGAGAACUAUGUUCCCGGGAUGCCCUGUGGACCUGGAGAGCGGAUAAGAAGGGUUCUGCAAAGAUUCUAGAGAGAGAAAACAGUUGCAAGAAUGCGAAUGUUGCAAUGGCUGGUUCACUGCAGGUCGCUCCGCUCGAGUCCUUCACAAGUGUCCGUUUCUCUGGAGAUGUGGCAAUAGUAGACCCGUUUCGUAUUUUUUUCCAAGGAAAAUCCAAUUAUAGCAAGCACUCUGAGCUCCGAAAGAUUGUGAAGAAAUUUGGCCACAAGGAUUUGGUGCUGACAUACCGCGGUAUUCAGAGUGCGAUCUUGCCUACGAGCUGUGUCAUCCAUGACGAUGUCACUGCAUUUGAGGUUUUCCGCAACGGACAAGAAGUGGGAGCUAAUGUGACCACCUCUGGUGUAAUUGCUGUCGUGCCCAAUCAAUUGGUAUUGCAGUUGAUUGAGGAGAAUGAAGGUGCACCUGAGGAGGGACGCGGUGUGACCGUUACUGGUGUUGAUGGCAUCUUGCGAUGUAGCUCAGACGGAGACUUCAUCAUCCGUAAUUCUGUUCCGGGGAAAGGAACGUCUGUGAACUUUCCGUUCACUGGAGAAACUGAUUCUGCGGACAUAGUGUGCUCCACAGGUGGGAGCUGGACCGAGGACAGUGAUAGUGAUGAUGAGGAGGAGUUAACUGACGAGGAGAUGGCAGAGGCUGUUGCUGAAGUAGCAAAGAUCACGAAUUCUUACAGCAACCUGCAGCGCUUUCACUGCAACGGCGAUGGAUUGAUUCACAAGUUCACCAACUUUGAAGUGUCAAUGCUCUCAUGAUCCCUCACAUCGAAUGAAUACUCCAUCCUAGUUUUUGUGUUCAUAUGGAAACGAAGAAUCUUCAAUCGUUGGGAGCUUAGGAUCUCCCCGCCACUCCUCUCCCUCCCCCUACCCCCCCUCCAUUUUUUAUUUUUCUCUCCCCCUCUUAAAAAAAAUCCUGCCUUAUGCUCAUUUAAUGAUACCCAUGACCAGUCGGGGGACUGUACUUUUCAAGAUUUUGCAGCUGAUAGUGAGGCGUGAAACCUUCUUCCUUGUGCAUCGACGCCGAGUACAUAUCUGUAAAUUACUCCUGAGGAUUUCAUGUCAUAGAGUGUACCACCUCUUCCGGAGUCACGGCAGUCCCUCACAUUGUAGAACUUCUGAGAAAGUUCACGUAGUUUGUACAAAACUUCUGCGUGAUGCUGAGCCAUCCAUGUAGCGCCGUUUUCCUCGAACAUAGUUAAAUCUACCUUCUUCUUCUACCACCGAUGACUAACACAUACUUGACUUUCGUAACAUCGUCUUCGAUAUCCUUUUUUUUUUUUUUUUUUUUUCUUUUCUUUUCUUUUCUUUUCUUUUAUUAUCUUUUACCUGGUUUUGAUUAGAUGCAGAAACCAACCUCCACAACAGUGAAUGGAGGGACAUCUGUACUUCAAUUUUUAUCAAAUGAAAGUGCCAGUUCGACAUGGGUUUUUUUCCAUGAAA